AUGACAGCUCCGAUAAAGCAACAUGCAGAGUCCACAGCGGUUCGGAUUGCGACGAUAGAAGGUGGUAUCACCACUAUCGGGAUCAAUAGACCUCAGCGAAGAAAUGCGAUAAACUUCCCCACAGCGAAGAGACUGUACGACGCAUUUCUUGCCUUCGAGAACGACCCUCGACAAAAGAUAUGCAUUCUGCACGGGACCGGCGGAACUUUUUCAGCGGGCUUUGACCUAAGCCAGCUGGCGGGAUGGGAUGCACAGACAGAAGGGUCUAGGAGCAAGGAAGGCAACGGAAACCAGAAGCAGGACAAGGCCGUGGGUGGCAUUACUCGGUCCAAGUUUGAACCAGUCCGUGAUCGCAACGCCGGGCCUCUCGGGCCGAGCAGGAUGCAGGUAACCAAGCCUGUGAUUUGUGCAGUGUCGGGACACUGCGUUGCCGGCGGAAUGGAGUUGAGCCUGAUUGCCGAUAUGAGAAUUGUGGAGGAGGAUGUGAUAUUUGGGAUAUUUUCCCGGCGUUUUGGGAUACCGCUGCUGGACGGGGGGACGGUGCGGCUUCAGUCGAUUGUUGGCUUGGGACGGGCGCUGGACAUCAUCCUGACGGGCCGUCCGGUUGGCGCCCACGAGGCUCUCCAUAUGGGUUUGGCGAAUCGAGUAGUGCCCAAGGGUCAGGCGUUUGACGAGGCCAUGAAGCUUGCGCGAUUGCUGGCGUCAGUUCCGCAGGAGUGCCUGAAUGCGGAUCGAAACUCAUGCUACUACGCUGCGUAUCAGGCGCAGUCGCUAGAAGAUGCAUUGUCGUACGAGUACAAUGGGGCCGUGAGGGUCGCUGACCUUGGGAUUCGCGAGGGACUGAGAUGCUACGACGGAAUUAAUAUACCUAGCGAUUCUUUUGAUGCGGUCUUGACACUUGCCUUUGUAUUUGUAGUCUUGCACAGCGCUUCAGCUUCCAAGUGGAGCAGAUUGAUGUCACUCCUGAGAAUAAAUCUGGGGCCUUUAGGGCUUGAGCAGCGUCUGGCUCCAGAGAGAAAAUUCCCACCGAAAGGAGAGAUAUCGGUUGAAUUGAACAUAACAAGAUCGAAUUGCCCUGGUUGUCUGGUCCCUGACAUUCGGGCGCGGCCUAGAUCUAUUCUCCACGACAGGAAUACUCUAGACAUACCAGGUCCAAAAGUGAACAUCUCAAUCAAUCAAGCAAAGAUGCCAGCCACAAUCCGAGUCAUCGGCUCGCUCAACGCCGACAUGGUCACCGUGACCCCGCGCUUCCCAGGCCCCGGAGAAACACUGACAGCAAGCUCCUUCACCACCAGCGCCGGCGGCAAAGGCGCCAACCAAGCCGUCGCCUGCGGCCGACUCUCGCGCCCCGACCCCCGGUCCUCAUCAGCAUCCCCAGACGAAACCGCACCGCCCAUCCACAUCGAAAUGAUCGGAGCCGUGGGCGGUCUCGACGCGCACUUUCCCACCCUCCUGCAGCCCACCCUGGAGCGUUCGGGCGUGGACAUCUCGCGCAUCCGCCAGAUCCGCGAUGCGCACACGGGCGUCGCCGUGAUCAUCGUGGACAGCUCCGCCGACGGCGAGAAUCGCAUCUUGUUCUCGCCCGGCGCCAACUACGCUGGCAUGCAGCCGACGGCGGAGGUGUUGGACCUGGCGCUGGCGGGGCGGCCGCGGCCCGAUGUGCUGGUGGUGCAGGCGGAGAUUCCGCUGGAGACGGUGAUUGCGGUGCUGAGGGGGGUGGGGCGGCAGAGGAAGGAGGAGGAGGAGGAGAACGAGCAGGGGGCGGGGAUGAUGGAGGUGGUGUUUAAUCCGGCGCCGGCGCCGGAGGGGGGGUUGCCGGUGGAUGUGUAUGGGGCGAUUGACCAUUUGAUUAUGAAUGAGACGGAGUGCGAGAUUAUGGCGCCGGGGGAGCUGAGAGGGAUUCCUGAGGUGGAGGAGCGUCGGAGGCAGAUUGCACGGUAUUUUCAUGGGUUGGGGGUGCGGUAUGUGGUGGUGACGCUGGGGGCUCAGGGGGUAUGGUAUAGCGCGGGAGAUGCGGGCGGCAAGGCGCAGGAGGAUGCGCAGGGCUGGAUACGAUGUGUAAAUCAAGUGCCGGCUGCAAAGGUGGACAAGGUGGUGGAUACUACGGGUGCGGGAGAUACAUUUGUGGGCGGGUAUGCGGUGCAGAUUGCCCGCUGGCGGGAGCAAAGACGGGCAGCUGGAAAGGGCAUUGAUGAUAUGACGGAUGACGAGCGCAGAGAACGGUAUCACAAGGGAAUCGAAGAGGCGAUUCGAUGGGCCGUACGGGCUUCGGCUCAGUGUGUUCAGCGGCAGGGAGCGAUGGACAGCAUCCCCUGGCAAAAUGAGAUUUAA